UAGUACAGGAAUCCACAGAAAACUAUAGGAAUCCACAUGAAGGAGGAGCAAACCUACUGAAAUGCAGUAUGUUUGGAUGAUUAAACAUGACAGGUCACUAUAAUUUGACAAAGAAUAAUCCACAUAUGGCCUUGAAAUGAAGAAAUCGUCAGAAAAUGCCUGAGGCGACCCUCCUUCAUAUGGUUUCCUAUUGUUUCUUAUGAAUUCCAAUAUUAAGACUGACCCGUUCCGCCAGUCACCGCCCCAGGAAUUGAGGAAAAACUUCCUCCUCGCUUCUUCUUCUUGUGACACGUCUGAUUCUAAGGUUUCUUGGUUCUAGUGUAGUCACAGUUGUGAGAAAACAGGACAUACACAGAGAUGUCUGGGAAAGCGCAAGAAGCAGGGGAACAACAGGCCCCGCCCCCGUAUCCGGGACAACCGCCUCCGGGGCAGUACUACCCGCCCCAGCAGCAGCCCGGGGCGCCGUACCCACCCCAGCAACAACCCGGGACGUACCCACCCCCGCAGCCUGGCCAGCCUGGGGUGUACCCACCCGGGCCACAGCAACCUGGGCAACCAUUCGUGCCCGCCCCCUCACAACCAGAACAUCAGACAGCGCCAGGACAACCAGUAGUAUACAUGACCCAGCCACCUGGGCCACCCCAGUAUCCAGCACAGCCCCAACUUGUAACGUACCCACAGCCGCCCCCGGGAGGCUUUCCCCAGCAGGGCCCUGGUCAGCCGCCUGUACCGCCUGGGAGCACUGUCAUUGUGUCCCAGCCUGGUGUGAUUGUGACCGGUCCGCAGUCAUUCCGUUCCGGCCACCCGGUCACCUGUGUGUGCCCCACCUGUCACCAGACCGUCCAGACCAGGGUGGACUCCGAGGUCGGACUCAUCACCUGGCUGGCCAUGGGGGGCCUCUUCCUCGUGGGAUGUUGGGCUGGGUGCUGCCUGAUCCCGCUGUGCAUUGAUGAGCUAAAGGAUGCUCGCCACUCCUGCCCCAACUGUAGCACCCACCUGGGCACCUACGACAGGGUCAGCUAAACACCUGCACCACCUGCCUGGCUUGAGUUGAAGAACAGUCGGUCGAUCAGUAUGCUUGCAGAUGACAAACAUAAGGCCACACCAAUUUAGUUUCCAGGUUCUUGGAUUUUAACAGAAGAAAUAAUUGGAAUACCAGUAUCAACAUUAAAACAGGCUGAUGGGAAGUGGAUUACAAAAACAUUUAUCAGAAAACGUACGCUUAUAUGUCAGAGAAUAUUUCAAUGUCAAAGAUGACGUGAAAGAACAAAAGUGAAGAAUCUAUUUUUUAGUCUGUAUCUUGGUGCAACACAGUUGAAGGGAGUGAACAGAGUCAGAUGUCAGUUUUCUUCCCAACUCCGUUUUCAUGAUAUCCACUGGCUAAAAAGUCCAUAAAAUUGACAUAAGAUGUCUGAUAACCAAGAAAUUAUAUUGGUGUGACCUGUUCUUGAGUUUAAGAUACCGGUAUGAAGACAUUUUUUCAAAACCACAGUCAAUUUUGGGAGAGGCCCACAAUGGAUUAAGGAGGCUGUAUGGAUCAGAAAAUUUGCAGGGAUUUUUAUGAAUAGACAACAGGGAACAUGCAAGCGAACUAUGGUAAAUGUUAAAUCAAUUCAAUGUUUGGGGCUACAUUCUACUUGCUUUAACACCACACUAUACCAGUGAGAAAGUUGACUGUGGUAGUGAAGAAAAAAAACAAGUUUACUUGGACAAGGCUUGUCAGUAGCUUACAAGCAGGUAUACCUGACACAACUAUGGAAACACAGGUAACACCGAGAAAGUGCUGUUCCCACUUGUAGCUCUGCUUUACAGUUAUAUGUUCCAAGUUUUCUAGUAGAAUAUGAGGGCAGGGGCAACAAAACAAAACAAAGUGACAGAGUAGAGGAUGAUGCUGAAGAAGGCAUGAUGGGAGUUUUUGAAAUUUAAGUGAAAAUGGGGUUAAAAGAGAAUUUCUACCAAGAAAAACAGACUGUCCUUGUAGUGCCAGUAGUUGAUUUUCUGUCAAUGAUAAAUGAAUUCUACAGGGUACCUGCCAAAAGAUGUAGGAGUGUGUAGUGUCCUUGUUCCUUGGAAUGGAGAAAAACUGUUUUGUUUUUAGCUUGUCCAAAAUCCAACCUACAAACACGUUGUGAUCUCAUAACGUCUGUCUUUGUGAAUAUUUGCUGUUUGGAUACAUGCCUAUCUUGGAGCUGAGGAAAGUUUUAUGUAUUACCCGAUUUGUACAUUGGUUUUAUACUGAUGUCUGAGUCAUACCUCUACAUAAAUUGUAAUGUACUUUGUCUUAUAGUAGACUUCAGUUUUGGAAGUACACCCACUUGUUUUUGGUGAUGCCUCAGGGGCUAGCCUAAUAGUAUAUAACCAUAUAACCAGUACCUGCAAGUUGCUCAUUUGACCUGGCUGAUAUACAGCUUGAUAUGCAGUGCACUAUGGUACACAAGAAUGUUUUCAAUUUAUGGCUCACUGCCAUAUUUAAAAAUUGUUUUCAUAACUUUUUUAUCUGUUUUAACAAAAUGUGUAUUGAAUCUAAUGAUACCUGAUGAUGAUUGCUUUUGUCUUUUUGUAUUCAGUAAUGUAGACAUAACAUGUUUUCACAAGUUAGGGUUUUUUGUAAAAACUUGCAUGCUAUAGCUUCUUGCAUAUGCCAGUGGCACUAACUGACUAAGUAACAAUAUAUUUUUUCACACCAUAACUGGCAUAAGGAGCUGACUUCUGUCAUUUUCCAUGUUUUUAUACAGAAAAUACCACAUGUCAUGAACUAUGCAGAACUUGCAGAAGUUUUUAUAUGAAAUCAGACCAUGUGCCAUUUAUCAGAUAUUCGGAGCUUGAAUUCUGCUUCAGAUGGCUACAUGUUGAUACUGGUCACAGAUUAGUUUCUGGAGAAGAUUGCCACAAAAUUUUUUCAAGUUAACACUGUGACAGAAACUUUUAAAAAUAAAAAUAGAUUGCAGUUUUUUCCAGUCAAGAAUAAAUGACUUGUCUUUCUACCUUACAGCACAGCGAGCUUUAUGUAGAUAAAAAGUAGUAUGUUAUAUCCUAAAGGCUAAUGUGCAUGAAUGUUUUUUCUUACACACAUAAUUUUCUGUAUGCUAUAAGAAUAAAAAUGUGCUUGAGUUGUUGA